GUCCUUUGUCGACUCUCCUGGGGUUAUCAUCGGGACGAAGCUUACCAGGACGACGCCCGUUGGAGUUAUUUUCUGCCGGAAGUUCCUAAAGACUCUAACAUCCGGAACAGAGUGUGUACGGUGUUGUGUGGGUGGUUCUUACGCCCAACCCCUUUCCACACAAGUGACCGACACGUGAUCGACCGUGUGCAGUGUGUUUGUGCGAGUUAAGUGAAAAUUUAACAAUCGGAAGUGAUUUGUAUGCAAACAGGCGUCCCAUAAACGCCACAUUGUUUUGCGCCAAUUAGGCUUACUAUUAGCACCAACUCAGCAUGUGUUUACCGUCGGGCACGUGGCCACGUGGCCAUGGUGGGAAAUGUGGCCGUUUUACAGUGGGAGCAAAGUGAGAGUGUGAACAAUGCCCUUUACAAUAGGAAAGUGUUUAAUCGGAUAAUCUAAACAGGCGUUUAGGGUCAAACGGAAACAACAAGUGUUCCAUGGGGAAACCCAUCCCUGGGUGUGGUUCUUGAAAUGUGAGAAAAGUGUUGUCCCCUUCUAAGAUGUGAAGCAACUGUGUUAAUUGUUAAAUUAAAAGCUAUUUACCAAAGAGACGAAUCUAGUCACGUCUAUCUAGUCACGUUAAGUAAGCUUCCCGAAACAUUCCACCAUGUUUUCGAUGGAUUCGUUCGACUUCGAGGCGGUAAUGAGCCGUCAUCUGUUCGAAGGAUCGUCGGUGCAUCAGCAUCAAAGUCAGCAACCGUUGCACCAUUUGCACUCCUGUCAGCAGCAACAUCAGCAGCAGCAGCAGCAACAGCAACAGCAUCAACAGCAGCAUCAUCACCAACAUCAGCACAUGGACAGCGGUGAUCAUCAUCUGACCCAUCAUCGGCAUCAGCAUGACUUCCAACCGGAACCACAUUCGCACGAUCAUCAGCAGCAUCAUCUGCAUCAAGCGAACAAUGUCGAUUCGACCACGUCCAACAGUUCGGAUUUUUUCCUGGCCGAUGAUGAAAACACCACCGACAGUGAUUCGUACUGUGGGUUUAACAGUGAUCAGGAAAAUAAUGAUUCCAUGAAAGAAAUCUACGGCAACCGUGCAUCCAAGUACCGACGGCCAAAGUGCGCCUCCCAGCAAGCCCAACAACGUCAGGCAGCGAAUCUUCGCGAACGGCGCCGUAUGCAAAGCAUCAACGAAGCCUUCGAAGGUUUACGGACACACAUUCCCACCCUACCGUACGAGAAGCGCCUGAGCAAGGUGGACACACUGAAGCUGGCCAUCAGCUACAUUUCGUUCUUGGGUGAAAUGUUGCGCAAGGACAAAAAUGGCAAUGAAACCGGUACGAACGGCAUCAAGCGGGUACCGGUGAAGGAACCACCGAAGAAGUUCAUCGUACGUGGUGGCAGUGGCCAGACACAUUCACUGUCCUGGCACCGGAAGGGCGAUCGGAACGCCAACGGUCGUUACUUUGCGCGCAUUUGGCGCCCGGAGGAUCCUCGCAGCAACCAUCGCAAUAUCGCUGCCGGCCCUUCGACGUACGCAACGAACGGAAUCUGUUAGAUGUUGGGAUGUUGUUGCCCCCUAGUCAUGGGCGCACAGUCUACGCAAUCAAUGUGCAACAAACAAUCUAGUCUUGGGCCCAUUUUCGGUGUUGAUGAUACCCGGAAAUGGCAAUGUAAAUAAAUUUUAUUCUAAUUAUUACUUGAACCUGCAUAGUCC